AUCAGUUUCAAGGAAUAGUUUCCUUAUCUCAUUCUUAUUUUUCACUCCACUUUCAAACCCACCGAAGUCCUUUACGUGAACACUUCUUCUUCUCUUUCUUCCUCACUCUCACUGGAAUCCAAGGAUCUCCCAAUCGAAAGGCACUGUCAGCGGUUCUUCCAAAGUUAUCACUUUUGAGGUGCUCAGCUUGAGAAAGCUUUUCCCAGUUUUCUAGCUUUCGGAACUCCAAAUUCAUUCAGUCACUACUACCUCUUUGUGCUGUUGGGUAGUGUUUGAGCAGCAGAGAAUAGAAAACAAUGCAAGCAUCCACUAGUCUCUUUUCCUGCCCCCUACCUUACAAAUCCUUAGCCGCUCCCCAGCUUCCUGGAGAAUGUAUGCCCUUUGUAAGACCCAUAAAGCUUUCUUGGUCAUCUUCGCUUCAGAGACCUGUGAAGUUCAGUUCAGUUACAGGCUUGUCCAGGGACUUGUCAAUGUUUUCUUCGAUGGCUUUCAAUCCGAAUGUAAGUGAAGAUACUGAUGAUAUGUAUGACGAAUUAUUUGAAAAAUAUGGAAAGGUGGUGUUGAGAAGAGGUGACAAGAAGCCUCAUAGUGCAGAGGUUGAUGAUGAUGCCGAAAGCCUAGCAUUUGCGGUGGCAUUGGCCAAGGUUGCCAGUGAUGUCAAGGCUGCCGAUAUAAGGGUCCUCUUUGUGAAGCCUUUAGUGUAUUGGACUCGUUUUUUUAUCAUUGCCACAGCAUUUUCUCGCCCCCAAAUUGAUGCCAUUGGGUCCAGGAUAAGAGAUCUCGCUGAAAAGCAGUAUGGAAAAGUUCCAUCCGGAGAUUCAAAACCUAACUCUUGGACUUUGUUGGACUUUGGUGAUGUAGUCAUCCAUAUAUUCCUUCCUCAACAGCGAGCAUUCUACAACCUGGAAGAGUUCUAUGCUAAUGCAACACUCAUUGAGCUGCCUUUCGAAAACUAGCAAACCAUUCUGCAGCUGAAAAAGGUUUCUCAAAGUUGCCUGAGUUAUGAAUGCUGGCCAAUUUAAUUGAAGUCAGUCUCACCUUUACUUGGAUGGCAUCCUUUUACCUCAAGCCUUGCAGAGAGGCUGAAUGAUACCGGCCAGGAGUUUCUUGGCUCAGACUAUCCCUUCAAAGACAACGAGGCAUUUCUCAUUGUUGGAGGUGUUGGCACACCAAGGCAAAGCAUUGUUGUAAACUCUAUUUGUAGCCCUUACUUUUGUAGACAUUUAUGAUUAUACCCUGUUUUCUCAAAGUAGCUGUCAACAAUGAGAAGGGUUUUAGCAUGAGAAGCUUCAGUUCAUUAAA